AUGGAUUUUUCAGUCAUAGAAUUUAGUAAUAAAGAUAACUAUUUAAUUGUAAUGGCUUGUUCAGAUUCAUCAAUUAGGAUUUGGUCAUUUCUAUAUAAAACAUCAGAAUAUAUCUUAAUUUUAAAUAAAAAAUAUUCUACAAAAUGUCUUUUAAAUGUUACAUAUAUUUUAGAAAAGGACUAUUGUUAUUUAUUAGUAACAUCAACUGAUGGUUUCAUAACAUUAUGGGAUAUAAGUAAUUACAUUUAUUCAUCUGAAAUUAUUAUAAAAAGUUCAGAAGAAUCUUUUCUUCCGAUUUGGAAGAAUCAAAUACAUCAAUCAAAUAUUAAGUCGAUGAUAUUAAGACGUCUAGAAGAAAAUGUAUAUUUAUUAGUUACGGGCGGUGAUGAUAAUAAGAUAAAUAUAUUGAAAAUUAUAGUAAAAUUAGACUCAAAUCUUUCAAAUUAUAAAAUAUCAAGUAAGACUAUUACAAAUAAACUAAACGCGCAUAAUUCUUCCAUAACCGGUUUAGCAUUUAGUGUCUCUGGUUUAUUAUUUUCUAUAGCAACAGAUCAAAAAUUAAAAAUAUGGAAGAUUGAUACAUCACAAUUAGUUUAUCUUGCCGAAUUUUAUACAUAUAUUGCUGAUCCUUGUGGAAUAUCUAUUGCAAAAGUUUUAAAUAAAGAAAUUUUAGCUAUUUAUGGAGUAGGGUUAGAGUUUUUUUCAUUUGAUUACACAUUUUUUAUAUAA